AUGGCGAACCAAGUUGUUGACUAUUACCUUACGCUUGGUAUGAAUACCGAGACUUCGUUUUAUAAAGUAAAAAGAGACUGGGUCAUUCGGUUUAGGCUUGAUGAAACACUUAUUGGAAAGAAUGUAAGGUUCUUUACAAACUAUCCCGUCAGCGGAAGGAAUUUUGUUCGUACGACAUACUAUGAAAUCUCAAUCACACUACCAAAGCCCUCAUUAAAAAAAUUAGACCGUUUUGAUGACUACUUUGUUCUGGGACCUAUACAAGUCAGUGGCGCUUUUCACUUCGCCUUCACAACUGAUGGCUCUACCUUUACUCAAGAGAUGAGUGACAGUAAAAAGCUUAAAGUAAUUGGUGGAAAGGGCUACUUCGUCGUUGAGAGCCGAUUUGCUGUGGGUGACCCCGAGGAUCUUGAUCGCUUUGCACAAUGGGAUCUCGAAGGAGUGAUGCUACAGACUUAUGUCGCCAAAAAUCUGGGCCCUUUCUCCGAAUGGCGUGACCGCCUUAGAGUUGCUUAUGAGUGUGGCUACAACAUGGAGUUGGGCAUUUCGAAUUCAGGAUACUCCCUGAAGGACCAGCUUACAGUCAGUUCAACCUUUUCGGACCCUUUAGCCAUAAAAAAAGUCGGAUGGGAGGAUGUUGAAGAGUUGGUAAAGGAGAUGGAGACUGAGUGGUCGAUUCUAAGUAUGUGCGAUCUAGUGUUGAACCACACAGCAAUUAAUUCGCCCUGGCUUCAUGAGCAUCCAGAGUGUGGCUACAAUUUGGAGAACUCGCCUCAUCUUGUACCCGCUUUCCUCGUCGAUCAAGCCAUCUGGAGAACUACUUUGUUCUGUGCCGAGGGCAAACUGGUAAACAAGCAUAUUCCUCCCGAAUUUGGAACUGGUGACACUCAUGUAGAUGCUUUGCGAAGUUACCUUGUCGACCAAUUCAAGGAGCUUAAACUGCACGAGUUCUAUCAGGCGGAUAUUGAUCUGGUUUCUGAGGAGUUUAAACGGUGGCUCACUGAGGGCUCCAACACACCACCAUAUAUGGGAUCGGAUACUUCGCUAACUCUGCGGAUAGUAGGAACGCGGGCAGGCCGACGAAUGGGUGCGACAGUGGACUUCGCCUUGGCCCGCGAAAUCUUCGGCCACGAUACACCCGACGUAGCUGCCCAUAACCUCGGACUUCGCCUCGCUGACAUGAAUCGACUUGCCGAGGAGACCAUGAUACACAAUCUCCUGUGUGCUGCUGACUGUGUAGCCGGCGGUGCCCGCUAUCGAUUUGUGGACCCUAAUGGACCCCUCCUUGGUACUGUCUCGGAGUCCGCGCCGUUAGUUGACAGGUACUUCCUCUGCCCUGAGGACCACAUGCGAACCGCCGAGGAGGCGGAACAGCUUGCAACAGGCGACCGUGCGAAGUACGUAAUGGGGUGCAACGGUUGGAUCAUCAACAGCUGCAGCAUCGAGAACUUUGCCGAGGUCGACUCCAAUGUCUAUCUGCGGCGCGAACUCGUGAUCUGGGGUGACUCUGUUAAACUACGGUAA